AUGGAGUGGCAAGAAGAGGACGAGUACAAUGCCGUUGUUCCCAAAAGAUACAUAAUGGUGGCGGAGGGAUCCCCGUCAUUACCGAUUAUUUAUUACCGAUCUCAAAAUUUCCUGUCGAGUAAGUACGUCACUGGUUGUGACGCGGGCAGUGAUGCCGUAGUCAAGGCGACCGCAGCAGCAGACAACCAACACUCCGACCAGCCGUCGACAACAAAAUACGCAGAUUCUUCCCUUCACAAACGGGGAGGUAGCAGUGGUGGUGAUACAGUGGGAGUAGAGAGAGGUGAAGGAGUGAUUACCAUGACUACGACAGGAGCCCAGUAUGCCCUCGCAGCAUCCACCAGAGCUAAUAACAGUGGGGGUAGCUCUACAACAGUGGGGGUGGAACCUAAACCAAGUGUUGUUGUCGUGACUACUUCCAGCUCCAGUGGCAGUGGUAACGCAGCACAGAGUCAGUCCACAAGAGGACAGCAACUUAUCACUGUUGUUACCAGUCCUGAUCCUUCCAGUCCAAACAAUCUACAACCUAUACAGGAUCCACUUGAAACAGCUGCAGAUUCUUCCAACGGCUCAACAGGUACUCCAGCGCAUGUUACAGCACAAGUUGUAGUGAAUACCACUCAUUCUGGUCAGCAUACUCUUGUUGAUUCCGACGCUGCAUCUACAUCUGCCGGUACCAUUGUCAGUGGAUCUCCGCACUUUAUUACGUGUUUGAGUAGAGAUUUGGCCCUUUCCAUGCUGCUGAAAAACAUGCACCUCUGUUCUUCUACUCUGACCACACUAGGCACCAGUGACUCACCAUCCUACGCGUCCCUCACAACGGCAGUAGUGUCUGGAGAACCAGAGGCAGUGGGGUCCGAGUCGGUUUCUCAUCCUACUUAUGUUCAAUAUGUUGAGGGGGAUGGUUCCACGUAUAUACCGACAAAUGGCCAGAUGACAUAUCCCGUAUAUGCUGUUGGAGAAGCAGGAGCAAUGUACACUCCUGCUUCCAGUCAAUAUUAUACACCAGCAACUACGCCAGUAACAUAUGCUCAGGUUACUGGACAAGGUUCAAAUUCUACAACUGGACAAUUAUUAUCUCAGGGCAAUGGCACGUAUCUUAUUCAACAGAGUGUUGUAGAUGGGGAUCCCACAGCACAUGCAUUAAUAUCUGCAGCUGCUGCACGUGCUAGUCCACAGACAGAAAGUGCGGAAACUGUGGUUAGCGGGGGUGGAGGGGCGUACUUGAUCAGCGGUAAUUCAGGAGGUACUGCUGUUACUGUGGAAGACGCUGCGGCAGCGGCUGCAAACAUGACGCAUGCCACUAGAGUUUCCCAAGCAACAGUUCAUUGGUUGCUCGAAAAUUAUGAAACAGCAGACGGUGUCUCUCUUCCAAGAUCGACUCUUUACAAUCAUUAUCUACGUCACUGCUCUGAAAAUAAGUUAGAUCCUGUAAAUGCCGCAAGUUUUGGGAAACUAAUACGUUCUGUUUUUUUGGGUUUAAGAACUAGACGACUGGGCACAAGGGGAAAUUCAAAAUAUCAUUACUAUGGAAUUCGCGUUAAGCCCAGUUCUCCUUUAGUCAUGUUAAACGAGGAUGGAACACCUCGUCAGCAGCAAGGUACAAAUUCGCAAACGAAACGAUUCAAAUUUGUGAAUCAAAAGCAGGAUACUACGUACGAAAAUAAUACGCAUUCGAAUACAAAUAUUUCUUCAAAUAAUUCGCCGCCUCAGUAUCAUCAGUAUCUUGGUGAGGCGAAUGGUGCUAUUCCAGAAUUUCCAGAAAUAAUAGUCGGGCACGGUUCGUCCCUUCCAGAAGAUUGCACGUUAGAAGACAUUGACACGUUCCGUAGUAUAUACAGAGAACACUGUGAAGCCUUUUUAGAUGCUGUUCUCAACUUUGAGUUUGCUACUGUAGAAAGCCUUUGGAGAGAAUUUUGGCGUAGUCAGGACAAUAAUAAUGGCGAUGAGUGUGAGGAAGAAAAAUAUUUAUCGAAGACUAAGCUAUAUCAGAUGUGUAAAUGCUCAGAAGUUCAAGAUUUUAUAAGGAAAGUUGACUAUACGUUUUAUCAAAAUUUGGUAGAAGUACUAAUGCCUAACGUAUUGCGACCUAUACCGAUUGACUGCUGUGUCUGCAUUUGCCCAGACAUUAAGGCGUUAUACAUCGUUGAAUCAUCUUGCUCAAGCUGCACGUGCAGUGCUUCAGAAUUCUAGUCAAAUAAAUCAAAUGCUAGCUGAUCUGAAUCGCGUUGAUUUUCAUAAUGUGCAAGAACAGGCUUCGUGGGUAUGUCAAUGCGACUAUGCAAUGGUACAACGUUUGGAAGCAGAUUUUAAGGUAACAUUACAACAGCAGAAUUCAUUGGAAGAUUGGGCAAUUUGGUUAAAGAGCGUUGUGACCCAAGUUCUUAAACCGUUCGAGGAAAAGCCAACAUUUGCAAAAGCUGCUCGACAAUUUUUGCUUAAAUGGUCCUUUUAUAGUUCCAUGGUCAUUCGUGACCUUACCUUAAGAAGCGCAGCUAGUUUUGGAUCAUUUCAUCUGAUUCGAUUAUUGUAUGAUGAGUACAUGUUUUACUUGAUCGAGCAUCAAGUAGCUGUUGCUACAGGGACAACUCCAAUAGCAGUAAUGGGAGAUGUGUGUAUUCUUGUCAAACGAUGUAACAUAUAUUUUGAAUGACUAGUAGAUUAUUAGUUGGUUUUAUUUUCUUUCAGAAAAGUCAAAAUUGCUCUUUAGUUAGCGCGUUUGGCGCCACAUCUAAUGGAGGUGAGUCUUUGAGUUUGUUGUUUAAUAUUUGUCAUGAGUUUUAUCCAUUUGCAUGAAAUAUUUUUAAAAUAAAAAUAUUUCUUUCAGAUGCAUCAAACACGAGUCAACCAAAGCGUAUGAAACUAAGCUAACUGCGUGCCUACGUCUUUUAGUUUUUGAAGUAAGCCAGUAGCACCUGAGAAUGAAACGUUAGCACAAGAGCAUGCAGGCCUACUAACACACUAGUCCCAUAAAUUAUAAUUUUAUAUAAGAUGAGACCUUAUUAUAUUAUGACUUUAACAAAGAAGAUUUUUGCAUAACGAACGCCCAGGAUAUAUACAGUCUAAGUAAGUUUGUGUGAUAUAAUGUGUAGGAAUAUGUAAUGCAAUCUUGUAUCAUACUAGUAUAUGGUACAAGUGUAAGGUAUCGCUGGCACGAUGUUUAGUACAUUAAUGUAUCAUCUAGUCGAAACAUCUUUGAAAUGUGUAUGGGACCAUGAAUUUAUCAUGCCCUUAUAGUAUUCAUUAUUGAAAGCUUACUCGACUACAAAUUUCAUUUCUUUUAAAGCUUUCAUACAUACAUAAAAUUCAAAUAAUUUAUUUUAAUUAAAGAUGAUGAUUAUUUGAAAGUUUAUUAAUAGCCUGCUUAUAAUUUAAAUUUUAUAUUAUUUAAUGUAUUAUAUUUUUUUAGCAUGUUGAAAAUUAA